GAACGUCAAAUCCUAUGGGUUGAUUGCUUUGGACGAAAACGUCCUGUUAUUAUUCGAAAACAUUUCCAAAAUUGUUGAUUCAGUGUCAGUGACGUUAACUGAAUUGUGUGUUUGUGUCGAGUACUGUGAAUUUCCAUUAAAACAGCACCUACACAUUGGAUGUUCAAACAUUAAGACCUUCGUCGACGUUUUUUAAAUGAACAAUGUGAGUUCCGUGGCAUGUGUGCCGCAAAGGCGGGGCUGGUGUGCGGCGCGCUGGCGGCGCUCGCGCUCCUGCUGCUGGUGCUGGCCGCGCGCUGCCGCCGCCGCCGCAAGGGCGCGCAACUCACCGCGCCGCACCAGGUGCAUGUAGUCCGGUUCUCGUCGCCGACGCCGCCUCGUGCUCGCUUACCGCCGCCCCCCUGGCGCAUCCCCGCCCCGCCUGCAGCACACUCCGCACCUCCCAUCUCUACAACCCUUCCUGCUAAAGCCACUCUUAUCGGUGCUCCAGCCGACCCAGACCGCGAAGCUGAUCCUCCUCAAAUACUAAUUGUCCAAAACACAGUGCCACAAAGUGGUCCAUCUACUUCAGAACCUGGUCUUUCUGAGUUUCGAGGAAUACCAAAGCUUCCGCUACCUGAGCAGUGGUUGCCUCGACGACCACUAGACUGCAAAUAUUCAGCAACUAUACCGCGACCAUUAGCACAAAUUGUAGAUUCAGAACUAGGUGCGGAUCUUUCUAGAGAAACACGUGCAAAAAAAUUUAGCGCGACUAGAUCGCCUUCUUUAGAAAAAGACGACAAAUCUCCGUUUUUAGGUAGCGCCAAAUCUGAUAAGUCUGAAGUGUUUGGAUUUGAUCCAGAAGCUGUUAAGAAAGUUGCAAGUGAGAAUUUGAAUACGGAAAGUGAAUCUGAAGAAGCAAUGACGUCACCCAAAGAAAGCGAGAGAGGUCAAGAAUCGCCAAGUAACCUUAGAAGAUUUCGGUCAGUCAGUACUAGGCUGAAUAUGUGCAGUGUGUCAGAGAGUCCACAUUUAGAAGGCCACCAAGAGAGACUAGAAAUGCAAAAUUCGCCAAGAAUACUCGAAUGCAGUUCUGCAAAAGAAAAACCUACCGGAUCUAAAUUUGAUUUCUCACCUAAAAUUUUAGCCGACUGUUUGAGUUCUCCACGGUUUUUUACGCCACCAGAAACAGUUUCGCCCGCGUUUUUUGCCGAACCUUCUCCUAAAUCUGUAUAUUAUGAUAGUGUAAGGUCACCAAAAUUUUUUCCAGAAACACCCCGAGAGUAUUCCGAUGGGCCACAGUCACCAAGAGCGCUGGCUAAUAAUUUAAAUAGAAGUAAUGGAUUAACAGAGAAACCUAGUUCUCCAAGAGUUCUUAGCGCAAGACCGAGCCCUAAAAUUCAUAGCUAUAACAAGGAAAAUUACUUUACAUUUGAUCAAGUUAACAUGGAAGAAGGAGCCACAAGAAUGUCGCCCCGACCAAAAAAGUAUGGCGGUAGAAAUUCAAUAGAGAGGGAAAGGUUUACACCACCUGCUGACAAAGAAGCCAAAAAAUAUAGAAGACACAAUAGUUGUGACACGAAUUAUAAAAAUAUAGAAUUAAAUAUUACUAAAUAUGACGAUAACAAAGAAACUGAAAUUAAAAACGAAAUUAUAGAAACAGACGUAGUUGAUUGCUGUGCCAAAGUAGAUUCUUUGCAUGUCGACGAAAAGGCAGACGAAAAAUACGAAUUAACGCCAACACAUUCAAAUACAGCUCAAGCUAGACGACAAAGACUCAAAUCGAUAUCAUUAGAUUCAGAUAACGCUAAAAUUAUAGAACAGAACUUAGGUCUACCCAUAGCGAAGCAGAUGAAAGAACAAAUGAAUGAAGCUUAUAAGAAUCAAGAUGUGAGUACCUCUUGUGAAAGUAUGGAGAGGCAUCCCAAAUCGCCUAUGACUGAAAGACCAGUUUUUAAAUUUGAAGAUGAAAGAAAGGAUAAAUCACCCGAAGAAGUAGAGGAAGAAGACAUUAAAUCACCAGAUCUCAUACAAAAGAAAUGUCUAAGGCAGAGUUCUGACACACAGUCUUUUUUGGAUAUGCCCAGAUUUUCUCCUAAGGAAUUCGAAAUCACUGUCACGACCGAAGAAGGAACAACGAUAUCAGCAGAGGCUCAAACGAAACGAAAAGGAAAGAAUUUACGAAACCUUACCAUCGAUUUAACGAAACGAGACAGCGACUUGGAGAAAGAAUUGUUAGAGUUUGAAAAGUUGUAUACAGACGCUGAAGAAAAGAAAGUAAAAACACCCACUUUGAAAGUCAAAGCAACAUCAUUAGAUUCUUCUGAGACUGUAAAUUUAUCAUUACCACAAAAGAAGACCUUGGAAGUACCCCAAAAUUCUGUGUCAGUUCCUAAUACACCAAAACGUCAGUUGAAACGCAUUUUGGCACAAAAAAGUGUAAACUCCAAUUUUGUUGGAGCCAAAAUUGGAUAUAAUUCAAUAUUGUCCGGAGCUGAACAACGUCGUUUGUUUAUGAAAGGACAGGACAGUGGUAUUUUUCUUAGAGAAAACCACGCGAAUCUCAUGCUCUAUCAACCAGGCACUUCUCGUAUGGGAUCCCGUACCAUGGGAUCUUUUGACGAGAAUAUGACCGAUUUCGUCGAAAAGCCAGAAAUAAACAUAUCAGGUGCCGACAGCCGAUACCACAUGGAAUCGGGACAAACUUUAGGGUCAAAUUUGUUAAAUUAUAAACAGAACUUAAGUGUGUCUAGUACUAAUCUUAAAACAUUGCCGGAAGGGGUGCCCUCCGACGAUUUUGAACCCAGUGCAGAAGACGAGAAGCUUGUCAAAAAACUACACAGGAGAAAUUCAAAUCAAAGUUUAAUGCUCAGUACACAUAGUCUACAAAGCUCAAAUUGUUCUUUAAGCAGUGCAGGAGCAUCUACCCAUAAUUUGGCGACAGUCAGAACAAGCAUAUCUAAUUUUAGCCUCAACGACUGUCGCCAUAAAAAAUUGUCAUUGGAAAGAAGAGAUUCUAAUACAUCUUUAAUAAAUACUGAACAUUUAACUCCAUCAACAAGAUAUAUGUUGUGCUCUUCAAACACUAGUUUAUCUGGGGAUGUAUCAAAGAACUGCUUAUUACAACGACGGGGCUCAAAUAACAGCCUUACAUUAAAUAUACAUUCUUCAAACCUUAGUAGACAUUCUAGUAAUAGUUCUUUAAAUAAAGAUGCUAAACCGGGAAUGAAAAAAGGUCUUCUGGAACGUAGAAGUUCAAACACUUCACUCACUUUAAAUAUUAACACUUCGAAUCCCCAACUGUCUGUAAAUAGAGGACUGAGCAUCUCAAAUUACAAUCUGAAUGGGUCUACGUGCAAUCUUAGUCGCUUUAGUAGUAAUCAUAGUAUAGAUAACACUACAGGAGAACAUAGAAAAGGUAUUCUAGAGAGGCGAAGUUCGAACACUUCACUUACUUUAAACAUACAACCCCAGGAGCCAAGAGACUUGGACAUAGACGAGAAUUUAAUCAAAGAUAAUUUAAAAGAUCUGCCACAUAGAGAUAAACAUAGAAAGUCGUUGAGUACUGAAAAUUUAAUACCUAAAUCUUAUAGAAAUAGAAGAAUAUGUUCCACAGACAAAUCAAUUGGGUUUGGGUCUCAUGAUAAUCUUUGGUCUGCUUCUUACUCAGAGCAAGAUUAUCCUCAAAAUUUAACUUAUGUUUGUGGUGACCAAGAAAAUGAGAUAAUUUACGCAUUUGGGCGUCAAGAUGAAACGACAUACCAACCAGGUUUCGUUCGAAAUAUCACUACCAAGCCUCUAAGUCCUCAAAGUACAUCAGAAGACUUUAGAUUAUACUUAGCAAAUAUGCAACAUCUUCAAAAUGCAUCAAGUGUAUUGUCUAGACAGCAGUUACGAGACUUGAAUGAUGUAUUCCAAAAUGGGUACUCCAAAGUAAAAUGCCAUAGUUCUACAGAAGGCCAGCAUUGUUGUUCAGGUCGAGUUGAGGAUAUAACAAAGGACAAUCCGCAAAUGGUUAUCCCAGAACCAGUGACCACUCAACCAUGCUCUGAAUAUCAGAAAAGUCUAUUGAGGAAUCUUCAUCAGGAGUUUUGGGAUAUGCCAACCAACUUCCAAGAAAAGCCGAUAGUGUCUGGGUCCCAUCCAAAGAAUAGAUAUAAGACUAUUUUACCAAAUGAGCAUUCAAGAUUCAUAUUAAAGGAUGAAGUCAGCGAGGGUUACAUCAAUGCCAAUUUUAUUAAGGGGCAUGAAUAUUCCAAGAACAGCUAUAUAGCGACGCAAGGACCAUUGCAGAACACUAUCUUCGAUUUCUGGCUCAUGGUCUACCAAAACUCUACAUCUUUCAACCCUGAGCCCCCUGACCCUGGUCCAUCUGCAGCAUUGGGUGUACAAAAAAUUGUCAUGCUUACGAACUUUAUCGAAAACAGUAGACAAAAAUGCGAAAAGUACUUCCCAUUAGAAUUAAAUGAAGAAAGCACGUUUGAAUGUCCUGAGGAAACUGAAGAAGACGAAGAAUUAAGCAGUUUCACCAUUAAAAACUGUGGUAUGGUUAAGAAAUCUGGAUAUACCAUUCGAAAAUUGGAUGUUAAAUACCACAAAAUAAAGCCCUAUGACAGUGUAAUAGUAUAUCACUACUGGUUUCACAAUUGGGCUGAUCACAAAUGCCCUAAAGAUGUUAAUGCCCUCCUCAACUUAAGUUUGGAUGUGUUGAAGGACUCAAACUAUGACUUCAACGAAACAAAUAUACAAAGUGAAGACGUGUGUAAGUGUAAUGAUAGCCCGAAACCAGAUUCAAAGUUUGUGUUUCCACCGUUAGAGAACCAAGUUGUGCCAUGUGAAGUGACAGUGACAGUGACGACACCGUUAGACUUCUCCGCUGAACACCACUCGCCACCGACUAUUGUGCACUGCUCAGCCGGUAUAGGUCGUACUGGCUGCCUCAUUGCCAUACUCAAUGGUAUAAAGCAAUUAACAAAUGAACAUAAAGUCGAUGUACUCGGCAUUGUGUGUAACAUGCGACUGAAUCGUGGAGGCAUGGUGCAAAAUUCGGAACAAUAUGAGCUCAUACACAAAGUUUUGUGUCUUUUUGAGCAGGCUUGCCUGCCUAAUUUAUAGCUAGGUUAAAUUGAGACUGCAGUGUCGACUGUACAUAAGAUUUUUAAUUCAUAUAUAUGUAGGAUAAUUUUAAAUCAAAAUAUAUAAACACACAGAACAGAAAAAAACAGCAGAAGAGUUUACUACUAUUUAUUGUAAUUUAUGUACCAGGAUUAUUAAAAGUAUAUUGCGUAGAUCUUUUAUUACUUCUUUUAAUAUUCUUUACAUUUCUUAUAUUCCUCAAUAAACUAGAUAAAAGGUGCAAUGAAUAUAAGGCUAUACUUUUAGAUUUAUUAGUUAUUCCAGUGAUUCAUUACUGGGCUGUCUUUGGCUUCUAAAACAAAGAUUAAUUUAUAUUCCAUUUCAGGUAAAUAGUACCCACUAUACAGUUUAUAAUGUAUAGUACAGACUAUACAGUUGACGUUUCAAUAUAUACUGCAUAACAAGGUCAACGAGAUGACCCAUACUACUUCUAGUUAUUUUUGUUCUGUGUACUUACAUAAUCGAGUUCAAAUUGUGCUUAUUCCUUUAAUAGUUUAAUAUUAUAAAGUUUAUAGUAUUAUAGCCUAAAUUUGGACAUAUUGUGUGGAUAAAUCAAUAUUUAUACUUACCUCUCAUUUUAUUAUUGCCAAUAUUAACCUAUUUUAUACUAGACAAAUAUAUUGAUAGAAAUGUUAUCAUUUCUAUUGUAAUAAUGGUGUUAGUAAUAUUUUACGUGAUAUAACUUGACCAUCAUUAAUUAUGUGCUAACUAAGUGAUUCUUGCCAAGAAUCGCAAUGUCCUGCUAUGUGUCAUUUGUAUUUUUUUUAAUUAUCAUUUUGCAUAUUAGAGAUUAUUUCAAAUGUGGUCUGUGUGUAGAAUACGGAAAUUUUACUUAACAAGUUUAAUAUUGUUGUUACACAAACUCUGCAAACCUUAUAUCAUAAUUACCACAAAGAUCUAGCAAGACCAUUAUUUUAUAUAAAUGUUCCUGUUUAAAAUAAUAACUAAGUAUAUUAUUUUUCUUAAUGGUUUCAAUAGAAAAAAAUAUAUUUAUCUGUCGUCUACAUAUACAAUGAAUUCAUGUGGCCGUGAAAUGUACUGAAACCAAAAUAGAAUGAAAUUCUUAUAUAUUUUAAUUGAUAGAUAGCAAAUUAAUAGAGAAGUGAAAAAUCAUAAUAAAAUUGAAUAAUUUAUAAUACUGGAAAAUAUAUAAAACUAGUGUACUGAUAUGUCGGUCUUCAUACCGCAAGUUUUCUUCACUAGUUUUACAAAUCCUGACUUCAAGUCUAUUGAAAUAAAACGAGUAAAAGCUUUAAGGUAAUUUGUGUUAGUUAUAAUGUUUACUUUAUUUUGCCCAUCUUUACUGUAUUAAUUUUAAUAUAAAAAUAGUAUAACCUAAAACGUAAUAAUUGUUUCAUGAAGGUUUAUCCAUAAUGGAUUAUAGUAGUUGAAAAUAAUAGUAAUAUUGCAUCAAAGUAUAAUAUUGAUUUAAUCUGAGUUAUCACCUCUUCAUUUGUUUUUAUUUUGUCGUAGAAUAUUACGUCACACCUAACGCGUUAAAUUGGCGGUAUUUAAAUUGGUCAUUUGAAUUCGCUAUUUCAGAAAAUAUUGUAAAUGACUCUUUUAUGGUGUAAAGUAAUGUAAACUAUCGAAUAAAAAAGUACCUGCAUACAUUAAUGAGGUAACUUUUUAUUAUAAUUUGUGUACAUGUCUCAUAUGGAAUAAAUGUGUGCUGUACACAUAUAUUUAUAUGUUACAAUGUCAGUUCAAAGACUUGUUGAAUUGUCCUCAAACGAUCACUGCAAAUAUAACAAAUUAUUAUUUGUAGUAUGCAAUACACACAAAACGACUGUAGAUACAUUUUUAAAGUACCUUUACUGUGUAUUGGAUAUAGUGCAAUAGGCGUUUUGCCAACAUAUGAUUCUUAUGUGUCUCAAGGCUAU